AUGCCGACGGCUUGUCGCACCCUCAGUCGUCGCGCCACCGCUGUCGUCAGCCGCACCCGCCACAAGUCCUCCAUCAUCGCGCCUGCGUCCUCGCCCAGCGCGCCGCCGCCUGGCUUCCCGAGGCUGCCACUUUUGGGGUCGCUCCCCUGGUUCUCCAAUCUCAGCCUUCCCGACGGCAGCAGCGUCCAAAGCCUGGAUGAGCAGCACGAGUCCUGGGCCGAGGGCACUCGGCGGCACGGUCCGGUGUGGCGCGUAGGCAUCCCGGGUCUCGGCAAGGGCAUUUCCGGCGACCUCACCCUCUGUGCCGACCCACGCGAAUUUGUCAAGGUGCUGCAAGCGGAGGGUAAGUACCCUUACGGCGCGAUCCAGCUGCAGUGGCCAUUCAUCGUCUGGGCCACGAAGCACGGGCGCACGGUCGGCAAGCUCUUCACGCGCAGCGAGGAUUGGCGGCACAUCCGGCACGGCAUGCAGAAGAGCAUCCUCCCGCCGGCCGCCGCGGCGGGCUACGCGGCCAUCAUCGGCACGACGGGCCGCGAGGUGGUCCUCAACGCGCCGCUCUGGGACGACGCGGGUUCGUUCAUGUCGCGCGCCUCCUUCGACCUCUUUGCCGGGCUCGCGCUCGGCCGCCGCAUCCGCGCGUCCGACCCGCGGCCCGGCGCGAGCCUCCCGGAGGACGAGCGCUUCUGCGUCGACACGAUCGAGGCGCUCGACUUGCUCCCCGACGUCAUUCAGGACUUGCCGUCCAUUGCGAUGAGCAGCCUCGGGCUUGAGUCGCCGAUGAUGAAGCAGUACUUCCGCGCCGUCAGCGGCGCGCUCGACUACGCCGAGGCGCAGGUGCGUGAGAUGCUCGCGAGGUUGGACGCCGCCGAGCCGCUCAGCACCGCCGAGGAGGCGUCGUACUUGGCGAGCACGGUCCGGACUCAGCGCGCCGCCGCAGCAGCGGGCGCGGCCGAUGCGCUGACCGAUGACGAGAUCGUCGCCUCUGUCAGCGUCGCCCUCGUCGCCUCGGUCGACACCACCUCCUCGAUCGCCACGUGGGUGCUCGCCCACCUGGCGCGCGAGCCGGAGGUGCAGCAGCGGCUCCGCGAGGAGGUGGACGCGGACAUCGACCUCGCCGGCCACCGCAUCCCCGCCGGCUCGCUGAUGAGCGAGGCGCUCGUGGAGCAGCCGCGCGCCUUUCGGCCCGAGCGCUGGCUCGCAGGCGCGGCGGGCGGGCGGCGCCUCUCCACACGCGUCGCGGCGGUGCGCGCAGGCACGCCGGCGGAGCUGAUCGACCACCCGCUGCUCUCCGCCCCCUUCUCGGCCGGCGCGCGGAAGUGUCCCGGCUCGCGCGUCGCGACGCUCGAGGUGCGGGCGCUCAUCGCGGGCCUCGUCCACAACUGGCGCAUCGGCCUCGUGGACGAGCGGCAGGAGCCCCCCCCACCCUCCCACCCUCCCCCCUCACCGCCCUCGCUGUCGUCCAGCCCGCCGCCCUCACCGCCUCCACCCCCACCGCCGCCGCUCGAGGCCGAGAGCGACUCGUCUCUCGCUGUGUAG